AUGAUCGGUUUAAUUCUUAUCUUUACUAUUGUUUCAUUUGUCGAACCAAUAGCUUUAAAUAUUACAGGAACAAGUAAUCGACAAUGUUGUGGAACAUGUUUUAUAUAUGGUUGUCCAGCUGGUCAAUGUUGUUCACAAUAUGGAUAUUGUGGUGCAACACCUGAACAUUGUCAAGGAGCAAUAACACAAGGCGAUUGUAAAACAAACGGAUGUCCUAAUGGAUUAUGUUGUUCAAGAUUUGGUUUUUGUGGAAAUACACCUGAACAUUGUGAUAAUGCACCAUUAAGUAAUGGAAAUUGUCAAACUGAAGGUUGUCCACCGGGACAAUGUUGUAGUGCUCAUGGAUUUUGUGGAACGACACCUGAACAUUGUGGUAAUAUUGAUCCAACAGUUGGUCAAGGAAAUUGUAAACAAACAGGAUGUGCACCUGGUCUUUGUUGUUCAAAAUUUGGAUUUUGUGGUCGAACAACAGAACAUUGCUUUGGAACAUCAUUAACGCAUGUACCAGGAUGUCCAAGUUGUACUAAUAGUGGAACUACUAAUUGUGGUACAGGUGGAUGUGCUGGCAAAAAAUAA